CUUUCAAGAAAGUUAGAGUAGCUGAUCGUUGUUUAACGAGAAAACGUAGUUGCAUGAUCAUUGGUGUGUUUGAAAAUCCAUCGGACACCCGUUAGAGGUUGUAGCGAGGGGAGGCGGGCCAGGUGGUCCGUCGGUGCGAAUAUCCAUUAUAGAUUCGGCGGAGUGUAGCUGUCGUACGAUCCGACUCAUUUUCCGUGUAUUCGUGCGGCGUAUAUUUCUGGCAUCGAUGAGAGAGAAGCAACCGGGUACCGGGUAUAGGGUACGUUUCUGUAUUGGUAACGAUUCGCUUGGUGUUUGUGUUGCUGUCGGAGCCGGAGCCGGAGCCGGAGUCGGAGGUACUGGGGUUAGUUCGCGAGGGCGCCUGUGUCGGCGCUCGCGGCGCCACCGGUUCAUUCCGCCAUCGGCGCCCGCGACGUACGGACGUGAAAUAACGCGAUCACGACAAUUCGUUUGGGCGGACAACGUGAAGUUUAACGAACAAAACAAUUAUAUCGCUAUCGAUAGACGGGCGUACCGUUCAUAGAAACAAACAAGCUCGUGUCGAGGCGCGAGUGAAUACGUAGAGAAAGAAAUAAAGAGUCGGCAUCGACAAUAACGAAAUUGCAUAAGUGGUUCGUAGCGUGAUUCACGGGUAACUUGUGUGAAAUUAGUGCGACGAAGAGUCUUCAGUGAUAGUAUAAUAUGUAUAAAAUCGAGAUAUAGAGCGAGAGAGCGUGAGAGAGUGAGAGAGAAAGAGAUAGGGCAUCGAUUGUCCUUUGUGCGAUCGUCGUUUAACGGCUUCUCGUUUCUUCGGGACGCCACCAACCCGGGAGGGACACGAACGGAGCCGAUACAAUAUUUUUCGUCUGUUCCGUGCCUUUCUUCAGUUCGUUCCGGGCCCCGAAAUUGCCAGUUCUACGCCGUGUUUUACCUGCGCGUCCCUCACGCAUACAACCGAAGGUCUUCUGUCGAAGGUCUCGUCCCGUGUGUUGGGAGACGUGGAAUGAUAUUACAAUUUCGUCGAAUCGAAGGUGCAGCCAGGCUGGUUAGGCGCGACGUGACACGCGAACGGAGUAUUUGACAACGGUAGGUAAGAGAACUACGGGUGAGCACCGACGAAAACGAAGCCGCACUUUUAGACACGGGAAUAAUAAAAUAUUUAUUUAUUUGUGAAACACGCGAGUUUGUUUCGUUGUUCGUUCGUUUGAUAAGUGGUGCCGGGGGGAAAAAACGCAACGGGGGGGGGGUAUCGUUGAUAUGUCAGCUUGUGACAGACGGUUGUGCAUCGGUGAAUAAGGAAAUCGAUAGAUCGUAAAUCGAUAGGUGAGGUCGUUAGUGUUCCUUCGAUCUUAUUCGAUACUGUGCUCGUCUGAUUCUGUUGUACGAUCGGGAAAAGUGCAAGGAAGAUUCACGGUUGUUAAAUACGACACACGAGGAGCAACGAAAUUCAUUAGAGGCCGUUGGAGCUCUCUCGGCCGAGAAGACGAAGAGAAGGGCAGCAGCAGCAGUAACACAGCUAAGCUAAGGCUCGUCGUAACGGAGUACGGAGGAAAGGAAAACUCACCGUUCGCCGGCUUAUAGACGGCGCUCGGCUUUCUUUCUUCUUUUUCUCUCGGCUCCCCCUCUCUCCCCGCCCCUCCCUUUCACCGGUCUCUCUCUCGGGGUUUGCACGAAAUCGCGUGUCGCCGCUACCCGUACCGCGUAGAAAUGUCGCCUCCUUCUGAUCGCGACGUUCCGUGAUCGCAGCUGUUCCUCCUUUUUAUGCGGUUCCUCGGGAAAUUCGAUUUCUGUGCAAACCAGUGAAAUCAAGAAGAAAACCACGGUCACAACGAAACGAGAAACUCGAACAACAACGUCGUACAAGUUGGCGAAAAAGGAAGGCAGAGAGGGCAGAAGUGAUAGAGAGAAUCGUCACCGGCGAGAAAUUGAGACAGAGAGAUCGUGUUUGCCGAAGAGGGAGAGAGAGAAGAAUAAUCAAAGUGGGAAUACAAAGAGAGGCAGUGAGAGAGGCUGGUUGUGAUAUACAGAUACACAUGGAUAGAGAAACUCGCGUGUGUAGAGACGUACGUACGGCCCACACGGAGUAGGACAAAGGGCAAGUGCGAGACAGAGACGCGAUAAAGGACGGAGAAGAGAAAACUGGAAAGGAUGAGUCCGAUUCGUCAGUGAUCGAACGUGGGUCUCUUUUGGUGCGUGGGUGAAAGAGUUGUGUGUGGAGAAAAUUGACGGAAGAAGAGGAAGGAAAAGCGGCGAACGGGUGGACGCUCACUUCCGGCGGACGACAACAAAGGUGACGUUUACGAUGACAAGGAGUCGGGUGAACAGAAGCGAAUGAGUGAACUACACGUCGUAUUAUCAGGUGUGAUGGAGCCUCGUGGAGCCGGCUUUUACUAUGAGCUGAGGCCUCGUAAUUAAUCGGGACUGGCAUGGAGAAGGAGAACUCCGCAUCGGGCGGAGGUGGCGGGGGCGGUGGAGGUGGCGGAGGAGGCGAAGCAGCGGCCACGGUGACUCCAGGCGCCACCUCCGCCUCCGAGAAACUCCAGGCGGACCAGGCCAAUCCGUUGCUCGAUCCGACUGCGCUGUUCGGCGCAUAUUGGCCUCGGGGCGACAGCGCAGCUUCGUCGCUUUUUGGUGGAAUGCCGGGUGGAUAUGGGUUGGGAGCCCAUCAUUUGCCAUCGGCUUAUGCCAUUCUCGGCCGAGGAGGUUCUGCUCCUGGUUUCGGAGGCCACACGCCGGCCUCUGCGCCACCACCACCCCCGUACUCCCACAGCAGCCUCGGCACCCUCAGCGUGGCUGCCAGUCAAGCUGCUAGUUUAGGAAUCAAUCCUGCCAGUGCAGCAUGGUGGACGAUGGCCUCGCACUUAGCGGCACAGGACUACCUCGCGAGGUUACAAGGAGCGGCAGGACUCUCCGGAUUUCCGCCUGGUGCCGAAAGCCUGCUGCCACCUUAUCCUGCCUCUCUACUUAAUCCCCCGUCCCUAUCGUCUCACAAGUCCAGUAAGUCUAAAUUCUGUUACGGCAAACCAAAAGCUAAGUCAAGCAAGAGUCACAAAACGACCCCGGCCAGCAGCGGUAGCUCGACGACGCCGAGCAUGACAAGCAGCAGUUUGCCGGUGUCGACUCAAGCACCACCGGUCACGUCCUCUCAUCACAGUACCCCGGUCAGCAGCACGCAAAAUUCGCAAACGAACGUCGUCAGUUCUGCGAAAGAGGGCAGCGAUCCUAGCAGUAUAUUGGGAGGUGUCCGAUUACCUCCUGACACAGAGAUCAUCAAGUACACGUCGAGUAUAGUCGGUCCGAAGGUUCCUGGGACAACGAACCGCGGAAGGAAGAAGACCAUAUCCUUGGACACGCCAAGUGUGAGUGUACACCCACCACCUAAUGUACCUGCUCUUUCUGCUCAUCAGACAAACACGACGACCACGUCGUUGAUGAUGGAACCGAGAAAAUACAAUCGCACGGCGACCGAGUCGAACGACUACAGGGAGCCCGUUGAUCGUGUAGAAGUGAUCAAAUUGCCAGCACACUCGACCAAUGGUUCCGUUUUACCGGCGCCAACGUCCUACACGACCACCACCAAUGCUAAUAGCACCAGCGACUCGGAUGCGCCGUUGAAUCUCUCCCUGAAACCGUCGACGACGAGCGGUAGCUCGCCGAUUUCUGGUAGUCAACCGCUCAGUCAGCUCAGUAAUUUAAGCCAGUCGUUGCUUGCCUCCGACCGAACGUCAAGACGAAAGCCGGGACCGAAACCUCGAAGGGUGCCGCAAAAUUCGGUACCGGUGCCGGCGUCGCCGAGUCCCUCGUUGGCCCAGCUGUUCGCCGCCGCGGAUUCGCCUCAGCGACCGAGCAGCGGAAGCGAGGAGAGCGAGAGCGCGAGUACGACCCAUCACAAGGAUGGUCGACCAAGGAACCUGGGUCGCGGUGUGUCCAAGCCGAAGAAGAACACCGUUGCCUCGUUACUAGCUCAAAGCAGAGCCCUGGGGAUUAAACCUACGCCCACGUUGGACCCUAGCGUGCCAUUGUCUCACCAGGUCUCGCUAUUGAGGUCGAAUAUUCUGGCUGCGCAGCUGCACGCCACCGCCACGGGUCAAGGUGACGACAAGAAUCAGCGAUCUUUACAGGAGAAGAUGAAGAACAAGCUGCUGGAGGCGUCCGGUGAAGAGAGCAACAUGGACGUGACCAGCGAGAGCGGAAGUAACACGGAUGUUGUGACGGACACUGACGACGACAACGUGGACGGGGUAUCCAGCGCGAAGAGGAGAAAGGUGAAGCCCAGCGAAAGGGAUCUACAGGUUCCUCUGGAACGUGGCUGGAAACGGGAGACUGUCAUCAAGGGAUUAGGGAAGUCGGGAGUGAUAAAGGGUGACGUGUCUUAUUACAGCCCUUGCGGAAAGACGUUCAGGAGCAGUCCGGAUUUGGCGAAGUUCUUGGAGCAACAGAAUCCACCAGAACUGACGACCGCAAACUUUUCCUUCUCCUCCCGUCCUCUGGUGGGCGAGUUCCUCCAGCCGACAAUGGGCUUAGCGGAGGCGGAAUUCGUUAGGUUGGGCGCGCAGGAAGUGGCGAGAAGAUUGGAAGAGCUCAGAGCCGCGGGUGGUUUCAGGGACGCGAGAACAAACAAUCAGUAUGAAAGGGAGAAGCUCGCGUACGCGAAGAAACUCGCCAAGGAAGAAGCACAACGGCACAAGGAGCAAGCCAGGCUGAUCAAAGAACAAGAAAAGUCAGAGAGGCAGGAAGCAGUGAGGCGAGAACGGGAGAUUCGAAAUCAACAGUUGCUCGAGUUCGUAACGAAGCUCGAAAAAGGCUCAGCCUAUCCUCUAGACAGAGUGACCACGGUACAUACCCAACCACCUAUCACAACCACCACCAUCACCACCACAACCACUCUCCACCCAAGCUCUAAGCAAUUCUCGAACGUCCUCCUCGAACGAAGGACGAGACGCGGUAAUGAGCGAAGGGUGUCACUCGCGCACGACCAUCACCCGACACGUAACGAAACGUCGAUUAACACGAUCGAUUAUUGGGCAUCCCUAAACCUACAAACGCAGGGUCGAAAGCGGCUAGCGUUCACGAUCAAGCAGAAAAUGAAGAUCAUCCAAGAGAUCGAACGCGGUAAGAGCAAGAGCGAUGUGGCGCGCGAGCUGGGUCUGGCUAGCAGUACGGUGGCCACCAUAUGGAAGAAUCGUGAGAGCAUCGCUGAGAGCUGGAGGAACCGCGACAUGAUGCAACAGCACACCGAUCGCGAAGAGGAGACGAAAAAAUCCACCACGUCGAAUUUGGUCUCCGUUACGUCCUUGGUGACCAACACGGUGCUAAGCACCACCAGCACCACCAACAGCAACAAUACCACCGGCUUGCCGGCCGUCGUUGUGACACCACCCCAGGUGCAAGUGGUACCAUCGCUACCACCCCCAUCGGCACCUCUCUCAUUGACGACAACCGCCUCCACGACGCUCGUGCCGUCCUCGCAACCGACGCUGCCAUCCACAACAAUUUCCAGCACGUCGUCCACCGGCACCACAACCACCACCACCGCCGCCGCCAACAACCUCAGCAUGGACAAUACCCAGCAGGCCCAGACCCAGACGCAAAGUCAGGAGCUUCUGGAGGCUCGGAAAAAACGGCAGGAAGAGGUGGAGAAGAUACGACUGGAAGAGCAACAACGGAAGCAACAGGAACGAGAACUAAAGCGGCAACAAGCAGUCAUGCUGAAGGAACAGAUGUACAUGCAGGAGCUCACCAAGCAGCGCGAGAUGCUCUACACCGUCGAGCUGGAGAGGGAGAGAAGGAGACAGCAUAUGGCGUUGGUACGUGCCCUGGAGAACCGUCGAAAGAUGGAAGAAAGGGAGAAAAAGCGUCUCGAAGCUAGGGCCGAACGAAUCGCGACGAAAGAGAAACGAGCGGAACAAAGAAAAAUGGAGAUGGAACUGAUCGAACAGAUCAGGAAACCUGUGGAAGAUAUGGAACUGACAGAUCACAGACCACUGCCAGAAAUAAAACGAAUACCUGGACUGAAACUGUCCGGUCAAGCUUUCGCGGACAUCGUUAUGGUUUUCGAGUUUCUGCAUAAUUUCGGCGAAACUUUAGGCUUUGAUAUGGACUCGCUACCGAGUCUAAAGAGUCUCCAGUUAGCUCUGCUCAACGACGAGGAAGCGGAAGAAGAGAUGCUGUCGGUGAUGACCCACUUGCUGGUGUGCGCUAUCGAGGACCCAGGUAUCCCUCAGCCCGCUAGACACACGACGGGAUUAGGGCAAAGCCUACGACAGGCUGACAUAACGCAUGCAAACAUCAGCGAGGUGCUACGAAUCUAUUUGUACGCGAACGCAACCGGCGAGGUGAAAGCUUUGACCGGUGUCUGUCUGGAACGAGAACGCGACAAGAAGUUCGCCGAUCAUCAUCAGAACGGCGGUGACUACGCUUCGACCUGUUCAGGAAAGAACGCUCAGUUCUACGAACACUUACACAACAACGAAACCUGGAGGAUGUCCGAGAGGUUGAGGGACAAGCCGUUUUUGGCACUGAAUCCAACGCACAAGGCGCAGAUGCUCGCGUUCCUCUGCAACGAGUUGUUGCAGAACAAGGCUGUGAUCAGGCAGAUCGAAGGAAGCUUAGAAACGGUGGCGCAACUCAGGAAAGAAAGAUUCGUCUUGGACACGAAGAUCAGAAAGCUCAGACAAUUGCACAGUCGAAAGGUGCGUAUGGAAGCAGUCGGCGUGAUCGUGAACAAGACUGGAGACACGAUUACCAUCGAGAAGAAGGAAGUUGACGAGGAAGGUAACACGACGUCGACGGCAGUGGGUACGACGCCUACUCCCGACGAGAUUCAUCACGAGGACGAGGUUGAAGACAUGUCUGAGAACGAGAGCGAAGGAACUCAGCCUGAAGAGGAGGAGGACAAGAAUCUAUCCGGCGAGGAACUUGGGAAAAAGUUGGACAAACUGUUGAAGCAAUCGGAAGAACAGCUACAGAAAUUGAACAGCUCUUCGAAGCAACUUCGAGCGCACAUAUUUGGCCAGGACAGGUACUGGAGAAGGUACUGGGAGCUGGCCUGCGCUGGUGGUAUCUUCGUCGAGGCCAUGGAGAGUGCUGAACCGGAGAUCCUGGACCUGCAAGCCGAACUGGACGAAAAGUACAAAAACAUGCCAACGGAGGAGGCGAAAUCAGAGACGAAGCAGGAGGACACUAAGUCGAAUGCUGAGAAUCGGGAGAACGAGGCUCCGAAUGACGUUAAGGAAGAAAAGAAAUACAACUCGAGCGAACAAGAAGAGGACGUGAAACCGUUGUUGGAUAAAACGAAAUCCGAAAUGGACGACGUUAAUUGCAAGAAAGAACCUGUGCAAAAUUGUGGUUCCGAUAAUUCGACGAACGUGAAAGAAGAGAAGAAGGUCGAUGUGGAUGGUUCGAUGGCUGAUGCGAAGACAAACGUCACUUCCGAAGAAAUUAAACAAGAAACAGAGGUUGUUAGUAUGGACGUGGAUGUGAAAGAGGAUACGAAGAAAGAGAACGAAGAGAUGGACGAAGAAAUGAAGCCAGCUGUGAAGAUGAUGGAGGAUAAAAUCGUCGAGACGAUUCCAAAUGGCGACAAAUACAAUCAUGUUAACAAUCUUCAUAAUGGCAAGGAAUUGAACGGCACAUUUAUUUCCAAUUGCAGCAACGAAUUCAAUUGGUUUUCAAUUUUACCUCGAGAAACUUGCGACACUCCAGGACCGAGUACCAAGCAGAUAUUUGGAAUAGCUGAACCCACCGAGCUGAGAAUACCAGUGUUCCCUCCGCCAGCUAGUCCAAAUUACGACAGGUGCGAUAGUCCAGCACCUUUGAUUUUGACCCAGGACGAAGCAGCUCAGCUCGAGUAUCUCAAAGUACACGGUCUACCUCCUCCAGGAGAAGCUAAACCAGUACCAAAGGAUUUACGAUACGGUUGGUGGAGAAUAACAGACGUCGACACGUUUCAAGAACUGUUGGAGCACCUUCAUUCUCGCGGUGUCCGCGAGAAGGAACUGAAACGUACAACAUGGGCGACCAUGGAAUCCUUCCUAGCCGUGACAGGUAGAAUCAACGUGGACCCUGGCAACGUAUCCGCCACCGAACUGAAAUCCACACCCGACGAUUCUGAUACACCGAUCCCGCAACCGGACAACCCGGUAACAUGGAGCGAGCAGGUCGCGUUACGGGUGGACGCGCAACUUUUGGAGCAGGUCGAGGCUCUCGAGGACAAAGUCGCGAACGCCAGCAUGCAGGUCAAAGGCUGGAAACUUCCUCCGCGGGCUGGCACCGAGGAGGCCGAGGAGAUUGAGAAAUUGAACGAAAUGGAGAAAGUGAGCGCCGUCGAGCAAGCGCGACAAAGGUUACUGUCUUUGGAGGCCGCGAUAGAGAGGAGAUACUUGAAACCACCGUUAGGCGUUUGUACGGGCGAUCCAAAUUUAGCAGCUCUGAAAGCUGAACAGGCAGCGGCGGCUAACGCAAACUCGAGUAAUUCGGAUCAGAGCAAUCAGGCGCCGGUGCCGCAGGAGGAAACAACUCCGAGAGGUCUGAACAACUGGAGAGAGGCAACAGCUCGAGCACACACGUCGGCUCAGCUCGCCAUGGCACUGUACAUGCUGGAGGCCAGCAUCGCCUGGGACAAGAGCAUCAUGAAGGCUGUGAGUCUAACACCAGCUAGAAACUCGGUCUGCGUCAAGCUACGAAACCGCUGCGUCUCACUCAAAGCUACCACUCAGUACAAUCAGCUAUUGACUACUUCUCAGGCCUCUAAUUGUCAGUUCUGUCACAGUGGAGAUAACGAAGACAAGCUGCUACUGUGUGAUGGUUGUGACCGCGGCUAUCAUACUUACUGUUUCCGUCCAAAAAUGGAAAACAUUCCUGAUGGUGACUGGUAUUGUCACGAGUGCAUGAAUAAAGCAACAGGGGAACGAAAUUGUUUGGUAUGCGGAAAGAGGGUUGGCAAAAAUUUAGUGCUAUGUGAACUCUGUCCACGGGCUUAUCAUACCGACUGCCAUAAUCCUGUUAUGCCAAAAAUGCCAAGGGGAAAAUGGUAUUGUUCUAAUUGCCACAGUAAACAACCAAAGAAGAGAAAUAGUAGUCGAAGGAGUCAUACCAAAGGGGGAGGCACCAGAGAAAGUGAAAGUUCUGAUCAUCCACCAGCUAGUCCAACGCCGUCAACGGCAUCGAACACGCACGUAGAGGACGUCAGUUCAUCGGAACCGGCAACACCUACAGCCUCGCCGAGGAAGGAGGGCAACAAUAGGACACUGACGAAGAAACAACAACGAGAGCUGGCUCCUUGUAAGGUGCUACUCGAACAGUUGGAGCAACAGGACGAGGCCUGGCCGUUCCUUUUGCCGGUGAACACCAAACAGUUUCCUACCUACAAGAAAAUUAUUAAAACACCCAUGGAUCUCAGUACGAUCAAGAAGAAAUUGCAGGACUCCGUGUACAAGUCUCGCGAUGAGUUUUGCGCCGAUGUCAGACAGAUGUUCAUCAACUGCGAGGUAUUCAACGAGGACGACAGUCCUGUGGGGAAGGCUGGACACGGGAUGCGCAGUUUCUUCGAAAUGCGUUGGACCGAGAUUACCGGCGCACCACCUCCACAUCCGCAAACGCAUAGCUGAGGUUCGGUUCGUUCUCGUAACACAUGCAACAGUUUUGCCCACUUCUAUUACUAGGAGAAUAGUGGCUCUUGGAUAAAACACUGAGAGAAUUCCGUUGAAGAGACUCGAAAUGAAACAAGAUCGAGACAACCCCCGUAUCUCUCUCGUGCACGUUUGUUGGCCUCGUUCUAGCGGCUAACCGGACGACUUCGAAAUCUAAUAGUAAUUAAUAAUAAAUGAAAAGGAAAUAAAAUGAGAUAGAACUACGUAAUAAUGCGGGUAACAUCCUUCGUGCGCGUCGUUACGAGCGUUUCUUUUUCUCUUCGUUCGCCUCCACUUCCUGUAAUAUCUUUAUUUUUCGUUUCUCGCCGUAAUCGACGCUCGCGCGGAAACUCCUCGCAAUUCUUUAAACAAAUAUACACACGGUAAAUCUUUACACACAGAUAGACACGCUAAUAAUACUCGAGAACGGUACGAUGAAUAUUUUCAACGGCUUCGUACUUCUUCUUUCCAAUUUUUACCGACGAACUUUACGUUCAACGAUAAUUCUAAUAGUCGGAAGUCGGAGUUUAAUCUUGUUAAGGAUAAUCGUGUACGUAGGGUAAAGGAGGCACCGGAAGAUGCCGUAAACACACACACACACACAGAUUUUAACGUGGUAGAGAUUAAACGUUUGUGAUUCGGGGAGCUUCUUUAAGAAAUCGACGCGAUUUAAUUAAUUGUGUUUCGACCGUUGUUUCGCAUCUUAUUCGUUCAUAAGUCUUCGACCUCAUCCACCACCCUCACCUUCGUGUUAAUUAAUUACGAUGAUAAAUGAAAAAUGCAGAUGGUCACUGUACUUACCAAGUAAAGUUUUGCCUAAGCGAACACGAGAUGUAAUUUGCGAUUGUAUCAUACAGGCUUAGUGCCGACACGUCGGCAAAAGAAAUAUUUUGCAAAAAUAAUGAAUGUGAAGGAAACAAAAUGCAGAGGUAUACAUAUAUAAAUAUAUAAAUAUAAAUAUAAAUGUAUAAAUAUGAAUAUAGUGUACAUGUAUACUAUAUAGAUAGUCACGUCACAACGCGAACAUUCAAACCAUUCACACACCGCGAACAUCUUUGCCCGUUAUUAAAGAAGAAAAAUAAAAACGUCAGCACGAUAAUAAGGGGUAACCAUUUGCUAUAGAGUAAGAUAAAACAGAAUGACAUACGAAGUCAAUCUUCCAAUUAAGGACGGAGUUGAUGCCAUUCCACGGAUUCAUUACUCUUCGUUUCUCUUCUUUUCUUUUUCGUUUAUUCGCUUGACUACUUUAUUUAUUUAUGUUCGAACCAUGAUCGAGCAGAAAAGAAUGAUCCCAGCUAGGUAGAAAUGAUCGAUAACUCAACGUGAAUCUUGAGUAAAAAAAAGAAUCUAAAUGCAUGUAGGCUUGGAAUGUUCUGUAAUUAGAAACGAGGGGAAUAUGUGUUUAUAAGUUUAAGAUUAAUUAUUAUUCUAUGUCGAAAGUGAAUUUCCUAGCGAACGAUAUUUGCAAUUAACAAAAUUAUUAAACAGAUAUCUGUUAAAAAUUUGAAUAUGUAUAUGUACAUAUAUAUAUGUAUUCCUAAAUCUUUUAAUUAUUUAAUAAUUUUGUGUGAACAAUUUCCUACACACUUUCUCUCGUUCAUGCAAUGAAAUUCUAGUUAUUAGCGUGUUUAAUUAAACGCUGUAUCAUCAACGUUACAUUGGAAUUCGAAUAUAUCAUGUUUUUCAAAGCAAUAUCUAUGAAAUUCAAUUUUAUUGCGUGCUCUUCGUGUACGUUGAAUGGCAGAUUCGCUUUUAACGACGAACUCACGAAUAAUCGAGGCAAAGUGGACAGGCCAAUGAAAAUUUCGUAUUUUUCGUUUCUCGAUAUUAAAGAAACAAAGGAGUUUUAAUCCCUGACGGAUGCGUAGGUGGUAUGUAAAGAAUUUCGUCGAAUUUUAUCCGCGUCCGAGUUCCAAGCGAUAGGAUCUCGUUUGUUUGAUUGUUCGAAAUAGCACACGCGACGUUUUUUAAUGCGAUGUUCGAUUUCGAUAUAGGAUUAUAAGCAAUUGUGUAAUAAUCUGACGCAAGUUCACCCAAUGGGGUGACGAUGAUAUUCGACUGUAAGGCAUAACUUUUUAAACGAACGAAAUAUUCUAUGUAUAUCGUGCGUCAGGGCUGUUGUUAGAAACCAUUCUGUCACGUAUGGAUGAUGGUAAUUGAUAAUUAGGAUGGUGGUGUCGGUAGUGAUUCUUUGGAUUAAUAUAAGCCGCGGUACCUUCGUAAGUGUGACCAUCGCUCGACGAUUAAGGAAAAUGAAACGAUUUGAAAACACAGAUAAAAAACGUUAACGAAAUAUCUUGUUUUUUAUGUAAUUGAUGUACAUUAUUGCUCGUAAUAGCGUUUAGCUAUGUAAUAACGAAAGAAUUCAAGUGGAUAUUGGGAGAGAAUGUGAGGGAGAGAGAAAGUUGAACGGGAGAGAUUUCAAUGGUUCGGCCGUAGUGAUAUGUGCUAAACAUUCGUAGUAUGUAAAAGUAUUAGCUAGAUUAUAAAAAUGCCGCGUGAAAACGAUUACGAUGUAAAAGAUGAAUUUGAGAGAAUUGUGCGGGGUGCGGCUUGCCGACACGAAACUGAUGUACCGUCGUCCUGGCGUCGAUCCAAGAACGAAUCGGAUCGGUAAGAUCGUAACGAGUAAAAGCGCGUGUAUUUUCCAUUAGAAUUCAUCUUCUCUCAUUUAAAAAUACACGAAACUAUAGUGGUUCAUUUUAUUAUAUUAGUAACUGUACAUACAUACGAGAUACAUUUUCCUUUUUAUUUAUAUUUUCUGCGAAAAAGUACACUUUUGCUUACUUCCUCUAUUCGCUCAGUGACAAUCGUUAGUUUUCAUAAUGAUAGAUAACGGGAUAUAUAUAUGUAUAUGUGUUAAUUAUGGUUUUGAUACGAAGCGCAAUGUCGGGGCAUUUCACGAUCUUACUGAACGUUCUUUGGAUACACGUCGACACGAGCGUACUAUGUGAGAAACAUUAUACGUGUACGUAAAAAUUUCUGCACCGCCUUGCACCCUCGUAUAAUAUUAUAAUCGAUGCGUUAGACAUCUCAUACAUUCAGACACACCACCACCAACAAGAACAAGAACAAGAACAAAUAAUUUUUUAAGAUUCAAUUAUUAUUUAAAUAGUACAGUUACAAGUUACAUUGUUAGUAUGAAUAACGACGCUUUUUAUACGAAUUUUAGUUUUUAACGUCGAUCUUAUGAUAUAUUAUAUGGUAUAAUGAUAAUGACAAUGGUAAUAACAAUAACGAUAAAUGAUAUCGAUAAUGGAAAUACAGAUUAUUAAAGAGAAAUGGAAAAAAAUGCGCAAAUGAGAAAGAGAGAUGAAAGAGUGAGAGAUAGUGAGAAUGAGAGCGAGAGAAAGAUUAACGAAAGAAAGAUAAAAAGUGAGCGUGAGCGUGUGUUUAAGUUAGAUGAUUGUCUAUAGUAUAAACGAAGGCAUGCGUUAGGUAUGCCUCGAUGCUAUUUAAACAGACUUAAUUAAUGUAUUGCAAAUGAAUUAAUAAAGUGUAAGCGAAGCGUGUA